AAUAGAGUCCUUGAUGCGCUCCAAAGAUGGUGCCUGAGAUGGCUCAUACUCCUCCUCCAGCUGCAUCAGCAAUGCAUCGACAGCGCUGUCGGCAAGAGACGUCGCACCACUCGAAAGAAUAGCAGUCUCCAGCCAUGGAUCUGCCAGAGGCAUAUCUCCGCGAAAGCAAGUCGUCUUGGGUCAUUGCUGUGGCUUGGAGUUUCACCGGUCUCGCCAUCAUUGCUGUCACUCUCAAAAUCGUUACGACCACCCGCAUCAGCCGCAGUGCUGGUUGGGAUGACUUCUUUAUCGUGCUCUCUCUCAUACUCAGCAUAAUCGCCUCGUUUUUCGUACACUAUGCUGCCGUGCUUGGCCUGGGACGACAUACGAUGGCAGUUUUCUCAGAGUUUGGACCAGAGAGGCUUGCAAUGACGGCGAAGAUGCAGAUUCUUGGGUAUCCAUUCAACAUUGGCGCCUUCAGUCUCCCGAACAUCGCAAUCGCCAUCCUCGUCAUCAAACUCCUCGACCCGAAUCCAUGGAGGAAAUACGCCCUCAUAGCCAUGGCUAUUCUACAGGUGUUACUAGCCGUGGUCAUGGCAAUCAUGGCAUUUGUGCAAUGCAGCCCGGUAGACAAGCUGUGGAAUCGCGGCCUGGACGGGAGCUGCUGGGAUCCCAGCAUCCUGAACAACUACUCGUACUUUGUCAGCGCAUACACCACAUUGACCGAUCUAGCGCUCGCCGUGGUGCCGAUAUCAGCGUUCUGGAAUCUCCAGAUGAACAUGUCGACCAAGAUCGGCAUCAUGGUUCUUAUGGGGCUGACCUUCCUAUCCGCUAUUGUCACCUUGAUCAAGGCGACAUUUCUUCAUCUGUUCAACGACACAGAAGAUCCUUUGUGGAAUGUGGUUACACUGGUAUUCUGGGGACUAAUCGAGCAAAACAUCGUCAUCUUCGCUGCCUGCGUCCCGACCCUACGACCACUGUUCGCACGCGCCCUCAGACCACUUGCCUACUCCAACAGUCCUAGCCAGAGCAACAGCCUCGGCAACAACACCAAUCUGCAGUCCUUUGGACUUCGCAGCCUCGCAUCCACGCACCGCUUCCGAACAGGCACCAAGUCUGGCGGCAGCAAUGGCAGCAGACUCGAUGCGGGUGGCGACGGCGACGAGAAGACGACUCCCAAGAGUGCCGACGAGAACGGGUCCCUAUCAGAAAUGCCCCUGAGCCAUGCCCACCGCCAAGACAACGAAUACAACGACAUCAACAGCGCAGGCUCGGCGAUAGAUCUAUCCCCACCUGACGGGGGUUACGCCCGUACUACAGGUACCGAGAGGCAUGACCGCAACCACAAACAAGUUACCAAAAACAACAGCCGGGACGGAUCAUCCUCCACCAGGAGCAGCAGCAGCGGCAUCGAUGCCGACGUCCAAUUCUCGCACAACUCGCGGCAGGGAAUCUGGAAGCGUAUCGAGGUGUCUAUGCAGUGGGACGAGGACGGGGACGGGGACGAAGACACCAUGCCAACCUCUUCCGCAAGACACGGUGCGGCGGCGGCGGCGGGAUCGGUGGGAGCACACAAGUGCGAUGGCAGAGGGACCGGGAUUCGGGCAGAAAUGUGUAGAAAAAUCAUCGUGCCGGAGAGCCUGACCGAGUCGGUUGCUAGGCGGUAA